UUCCCUUCUCCCCGUCCCCUCCGCGCCGGCGGAAGCGGGGCGCACCGCGGCAUGGAGGCGGGCAGCUGCAGGCCGCCGCCUGGGUGCCCCCCUGGCGUGGAGGAGCGGCCGUUCCGCUCGGCCUCGGGGGAGCCCCUGGCGCUGCGGCGCCGGCAGCACAGCGCCUCCUGCCGGGAGCUGGCGCUGCGCCGGCCCCGCCUGCAGCUCCGCUCCCUCAGCGCCGUCACCUCCGCCGUCUGGCUGGCGGCCUACGGCGUCUUCGUGCUCAGCGAGAAUAGUAUGGUGCUUUCUGGUGCUAUAUUCAUCACGCUGAUUGGCCUGAUCAUCUACCUGCACUUUGUGAAAAUUGACCAGGAAUCUCUGUUGGUCAUCGGCUCACUUGGCAUUCAGUUGACUUCGUCCUAUGCUUCAGGGAAGGAGAGCACAACCUUCAUUGAGAUGAGUCGAGUCAAGGACGUGGUUAUCAAUGAAGCCAUCUAUAUGCAAAAAGUUAUCUAUUACCUGUGCAUCCUCCUGAAGGACCCUCAGGAUCCUCAGGGAGUAUCUGAGGUUGUUCCACUCUUUCAGAGCUCCCAGCCACGUCUGGACUGCUUAAUGGAAGUGUACAAAAGUUGUCAAGAAAUCCUGGAUCAGAGGAAAGAAGCUCCACAAUCAAGUGGAAUAAAGUAAUAAAAAAUAAUCAAGGUGGAAAACUUGCUGCAGGACUUGGACAGAUGCAUGCAAAGCAAGCAACACUGACCCAUGGCUUUUUUAAGUUAGAGGUUUACAAUGUGGUGCAGCAGUAGAAUGACGUUAUGGGUAAUAGUCUGCACAGACUCAGAGAGCUGUUAUAGAAGGUGUCAGCUCAGGCACACAAGUGAACCUUGAAAUUGGCUGCUGUGAAGAAAGGUGAGCAGAACUCUCUGGAAAAUAAAUAUGGCAAUGGGAGGCAAGAAUAUCCAUCAAAUGUUUAAAUUUCUGUGGAUCUGAGCAUUCUGAUAAACACAUGGUGUAACCUUGUCCAGACUGACACAAACGUGGGCUUUUUUAUUUUUUUUAAUCCUUUCUUUGAAAAAAGCAUAUACCAGUCUAGAAUAUCAAAACUAAAGGGUCGGCUAGCACAGUAACUUCCUGAUCAACAGGGGAAUUUUAGAAAGAAAAUGACAGAAAAUUAAAAUACACUGUUGCAUUCAAUUAUGUUUAUGGAAAUAAACAUAGGAGAGAAUACUGUGGUUUCUUCAGGGAUCUGCUUGAAAGAGUCCCAUGGGAUAGGACCCUAGAGAGAAGAGGGGACCAAGAAAGCUGAUUAAUAUUCAAGGAUCACCUCCUCCAAGCACAAGAAUAGGUCAUCCCAUCCCAACAAGCAGGAAGUCAAGCAAAAAUGCCAGGAGGCCUGCAUGGAUGAACAACUGCUCCCGGCAAAAUUCAAACACCAGAAGGUGGAAGCAGGGAGAGGCAGGUAGCCUAGAAAGAAUAUAGAGACACUGUCUGAGCAUGCAGAGAUGUGGUUAGGAAAGCCAAAGCCUAUGUGGAGUUGAAUCUAUUUAGGAAUGUCAGAGACAGCAAAAAGGAAACCAGGAAACAUUGGCCCACUGCUGAAUGGCACAGGGGCAGGGUAACGCCUGGACAUGGAAAAGAAGGGUGCUGAGUGCCUUCACCUCAGUCUGUACUAGCAAGAUCAGCCUUCAGGAAUGCCAGGCCCCAGAUAUCAGGGGACAGAAGGAAGACUUACCCUUGGUGGAAGAGGAUAAGUUUAGAUAACGCUUAAGCAACCUAGACACGUGUAAGUCCAUGGGACCUGACGGGAGGCACCCACAAGUGCUGAGGGUGUUUGCUCAUGACACACAGCUGUGAGGAGUGGCUGUUAUGCCAGAGGUUUGUGCUGCCAACCAGAGGGACUUGGACAGGCUGGAGAGAUGGGCACACAGGAACCUCCUGUAGUUCAACAAAGGGGAGUGCAAAGUCCUGCACCCAGGGAGGAAUAACCCCAUGCCAUUCCUCCCCGUACAUGCUGGGGCUGACCAGCUGGAAAGCAGCUUUGCAGAAAAGGACCUGGGGAUCCUUAUGGACACCGAGUGAGCAGGAGCCGGCAACAUGGCCUUGCCACAAAACAAAAAAGGCUAACUGUGCUGGGCUGCGUGAGGAGGAGCGUAGCCAGCAGGUCACAGGUGGGCAUCUCUGCCCUCUCCUCAGCACUGGUGAGGCCUUGCCUGGGGUGCUGCAUCCACUGCUGGGCCCCCAGUAUAUGGACACACUGGAGGGAGACGAGGAAAGGCCAUGAUUGUUAUGGGGCUGGAGCGUGUGAGGAAAGGCUGCAAGAGCUGGGGCUGGUCAGCCUGGAAAAGGCUCAGGAGGGGAAUCCUAUAAGUGUAUACAAGUGUAUAUAUCUGAAGGGAGAGUGUAAAGAAGAUGGAGACAAGCUUUUUCAGUGGUGCUUUGUGACAGAAUACAAGGCAAUGGGAACAAACUGAAACACAGGUGGUUCCACCUGAGUAUCAGGAACAUUUUUAUCAUGUGGGUGGCUGAGCCCUGGAACAGGCUCUCUGUUCAGAGAGGUGCUGGAGUCCCUUGGAGAUCUCCAAAAGCCACCUGGACGUGACCCUGGGCACCCUGCUCUGGGUGGCCCUGCCUAAGCAGGGCUUGGACCAGGUGGGCUCCAGGGGCCCUGCCAGCCUCAGCCAACAGGGUAUCAAUUGCUUUGAGAUGAUGAGGAAAAUAUGUUGUUGAAAAUUAUAAUGCUAUGUGAAUAAAGUAGCUUCACUGAGACUAACUUAA